GUAUGCAUCGACGAGUUCGACAAGAUGAGCGAUGCCGAUAGGGUGGCCAUCCACGAGGUCAUGGAACAGCAAACCGUCACCAUCAACAAGGCAGCUAUCCACACCACGCUGAAUGCACGCUGCAGUGUGUUGGCGGCGGCUAAUCCCAUAUAUGGGCAAUACGAUCCCAAUGUGUCUACGAUGGAGAAUGUGGGACUGCCAGAUUCUCUGCUGUCGCGUUUUGAUCUGCUGUUUAUUGUGCUGGAUAACAUCGACCCCGUCACUGACCGCAAGAUCUCAGGUAGGUUUAGCAUAUACGUAUAG